UUAAUGAAAAUAGAAAAUGGUUAGUUCCAAUCAUUAAAACUAUUAAAUUUUGUGGUCGACAAAAUUUAGCAUUAACAGGGCACAGAGAUGAUGGAUUUCUGAACGACGAUGCUGGUCCAUCAAAUGAAGGAAAUUUUAGAGAACUUCUAAUGUUUAGAAUAAGUGCAGGUGACAAAACACUAGAAAAUCAUAUUAUAAAAACAACUUCAUCUCGUUCAACAUUUAUAAGUAAAACUACUCAAAACGAUUUAAUUGAUUGUAUUGGCGAAGAAAUACAAUCUCAAAUAAUUAAUAAUGUAAGGAUGGCUGGUAUAUUUGCUAUAAUAUUUAAUGAGACUACCGACAUCAGCCAUGUUGAACAACUAAGCAUAGUAUUGAGAUAUGUUCUGGAUAAUAAGAAAAUAUACCAACCAAAUCCUUAUGAAGUAAAAUUAAGUGGUAAAGCACUUGGACAUGUUGUGUUGUAUAUUAUAUCUAAACUAGAACUCGAUUUAGACAAGUGUAUUGAUAUCGGGACAGAUGGUGCAGCAGUAAUGGUGUCAGAGUCUUGUGGUGCAGUAUCAGAGAUACAAAAAAAAUAUUGUAAUGCUGUUAGAUGCCCUUGUUUUAAUCAUGCUUUAAAUAAUUCAUUGGCUCAGGCUUCAACUAUGCCAUCUAUAAGAAACACAAUUGGUACCUUAAAAGCUAUUAUUGCUUUUUUCAAUACAUCUGCCAAAAAACAUAAAUUAUUAACUGAUACAAUUGGUCAUAAACUUAUUGGCCUAUGUCAGACAAAAUGGGUUGAACUUCAUGAUA